UUGCAGAUAUCUUAGCAAUGGGCACUGAAAUUGGUAGUGGAGAUUGUCUAGCUUGGGCUGCAAGAGAUGCUUCUGGAACUCUUUCACCCUACAGAUUCAACCGCAGCACGAAACUUCACUUCGGGUGGUGGACUCGCUUCGGAAUCUCUCUGGAAAUUCAUCCCUGGUACCCUCUUUUGAAAUGAUUCCUUAUUCAAAAUAGUUUUAAGAGAUCCACUUCCCCGCAUCCGCACCCAAAUCUGCUCCUGCAUCAGCACCCACCUCAGGUAACUAAGUUCCAGAUAACACUACAAGCUUAAUUUGGAUUCUGCUGAAAAAUUGUAUUAAUAUUUAUGUCAUGCAGAAUCAUAGCAUAUGUGUGUUAUACUUUGUUGCUUUAUCAAUCUUCCAACCAAUAAUAUGAGAACCAAGAUUGUCCAAGUCUAUGCUUCAAGAGUUGUUAGAAGAGAUGAUGUUCGUAUAAAAAUAACACAUUGUGGAGUUUGUUACGCUGAUGUCAUUUGGACUCGAAAUAUGGCUGGUGACUCAAAGUACCCAUUGGUGCCUGGGCAUGAGAUUGUUGGAAUUGUCACAGAGGUUGGUUCCAGUGUUAAAGGUUUCAAAGUUGGUGAUCAUGCUGGUGUUGGCACGUAUGUUGAUUCAUGUGGAGAGUGCGAGUACUGUAAUGAUUUUCUAGAAGUUCAUUGUUCAAAAGGAUCAACUUUCACUUUCAACGCCGUUGAUUCAGAUGGCACUAUCACGAAAGGGGGAUAUUCCAGCUACAUCAUAGUUAAGGAGAGGUACUGCUACAGGAUACCUGACGGCUUCCCAUUAGCUAUGGCAGCACCUUUGCUGUGUGCUGGAAUCACAGUGUACACUCCCAUGAUGCGCCAUAAGAUGAACCAACCAGGCAAAUCUCUUGGAGUUAUUGGGCUAGGUGGCCUUGGUCACAUGGCAGUGAAGUUUGGAAAAGCUUUUGGUUUGAAAGUAACAGUGUUCAGUACAAGUGAAUCCAAGAAAGAAGCAGCACUAAAACUUCUUGGAGCAGACAAAUUUGUGAUCUCAUCAGACAAGGAGCAGAUGGAGUCUUUGUUGCAGUCCAUGACAAAAUCCCUGGACUUCAUCAUUGACACUGCUUCUGGUGAUCACCUCUUUGAUCCUUACAUGUCACUGCUGAAGGUUGGUGGAGUACUGGUCCUAGUGGGCUUUCCUAGUGAAGUCCGCCUGCAUCCUGGAAGUCUUAGCUAUGCUUCAAGAACUAUUGCUGGGAGUUUGACCGGUGGUACCAAACAGACACAAGCAAUGCUGGAAUUCUGUGCAGAAAACAAAGUAUACCCAGAAAUUGAACUCAUUAACAUUCAGUACAUAAAUGAGGCACUUGAGAGGCUUGUAAAAAGAGAUGUGAAGUAUCGUUUCGUGAUUGAUGUUCAAAACUCUCUCAAGUGAUGCAAAAUAAAUAAGGUACCGCAUGGAGCUUCUCCAGACUACGUGAUUGAUAUGCAAAACUCUCUCAAGUGAUGCAAAAUAAAUAAGCUACUGCAUGGUGCUUCUCCAGGCUUAUAUAAGUUGCUGUUUAUGUGUUUUCAGAAAUAUGGACACUUAAUAAUGAUAUUUUUGUAACUGCUAGUGGGUAAAUAUGUUUAAAUUUUGCACAUUUGCUGCCAGUUUUUCACUUUUAUAUAAAUGGUUAUGUUUUUAUGCCCUUUUUCUUUA